AUGUCGGAAGUGAAAACCUACUCGCUGGCGGAGGUGAAAUCCCACAACACCAACAAAUCGACCUGGAUCGUGAUCCACAACGAUAUCUUCGACGUGACGCAGUUUCUGAACGAGCAUCCUGGUGGAGAGGAAGUGCUGCUAGAACAGGCCGGCAAGGAAGCGACGGAAGCAUUCGAAGAUGUAGGCCACAGCAGCGAUGCCCGCGAAAUGAUGAAGAAGUUUAAAGUGGGCGAGCUGAUCGAAUCCGAACGCAAACAAAUCCCAGUAAAGAAGGAACCGGACUGGAAAUCGGAGCAACAGGAUGAUAAUCAACUGAAGCAAUGGAUAGUGCCACUUAUCCUGGGCCUGCUCGCAACCAUUCUCUAUCGGUUCUACUUCACCCAGUAA